GUUAGUUUCUAAGUUAUAGUUUACCUAUGUGUUUUACGUACAAAGUUGUUAUUGAGUAAAAAAAAAGAUGUAUUGUUACAGUAAAAUACUUUGAUGAACAAACAAAAUGAAGAGAAGUUACAGUAACAGUUCUAGUUCGUCUGAUGAUGAACCCCUCAUAAAAAACCGUCUAGUGAUCACUAAGAAUGAAUUGUUCAAGAGAUAUGUGGAGACAUGCGAAUUUUGUGAUAAAGUGUUUUAUAAUAAGUACGACAUAAUGGUUCACCAUGCAAAGCAUAUAAUUAUACCACUCUUACGAUUGAGUAUAUACAAAUGUCCGAAAUGCAAUUUCCUUUGCACAUCAUCAGCAUCACUGGAGCAUCACAAAUUAAUCAAUCAUUUGAACAUCACAAACAAAAAAGACUUUAUGCCUGAAUUAAUAAAAAGUAUUAUGAUAAAUGAACCUUGCACAAUGGUUGUCAAAGAACAGUUUGAAACAACAAAGGAAGAUGAUAUAAAAGAAGAUUAUAUCAAAGUAGAUGAUACCAUAAAAAAAGAGGAUUUAAGAGAAGAUUAUAUACUAGUAGAUGAUACGAUAGAAGAAGAGGAUACAAAAGAGGAAAUUUUACAGAGUUUUGUGGUGAGACAACCUAUCACUGUAUUGACUAAAGAGUCUUUUUUAAUACAGAAACAGAUGUACAAUGGUAAAUUGGACCCUGAUGAUAAAUUAUUGAAAAGUUUUGUUGAUAAAGAAGCAAUUACCUUAUUAAAUCCGUUAGUAGUUAAUAAUGAAAUUAUAAACAUAUCUGAUAGUGAGAGUGAUGAUAUUGACACAGAAACAAAACCUUCCUUACCUAGCAUUGAAUAUAAUCCAAUAAAAAACAUUAGAAUAGAGAAUAGAAUUAAAGAUAGAAUACUUUUUGAAGAAGACGAUGGUGAUAAUGUAAAUCUCAAUGGAGAACCAAAUCUAAAUGAUGUAAGCAAUAAUAGUGAAGUUAGUAAUAUAAAGAAAAAUACUAUAAUAUUAGGACAAUACCCUUGCGAUGAGACACAAUAUAAGAGUAUUCAUUAUGAUGAACUUGUGAAGCCAACAAUAUGUAAAUGCAAGUCAUGUAGCAAAUCUUUUCCUAACAGGUACAACCUUAUUAUUCAUGAAACAAAUCACAUUAAAUUUAAAAGACGAUUACCAUUAUUAUGCCGUAUUUGCGAUUGGUAUGUUGCGAGAGAUAUAUGGUCCUUAAAACACCACCAAUUGAAACGCCACCCUGAUAUAGAAAUUCCCAGAAUCACACCGGCUCGGUGUAAAAAAUGCAAUCUAAACUACAUCUAUUAUAAGAAACAUAUGAAGAAUUAUCAUCAAGCUUAUUCAUGCAGGUCAGCCAAUUGCAGUUUAACAUUUUACAAUCGACAAAAAUACAUAAAACACAGAAAAGUUCAUGGAAAUCCUGAACUAGUUAAUUCAGCGACCAUCAUGAAAAAAACUUAUAAUGGAAAAAACAAUCAAUCAAUUGGACAGACUAAGAAAUGUUGGCAAUCGAAUUUGGUGAAAGUGUGCGUAUUGUGUUAUAAAUUCUUCAAGAGCAGAUCAAAUGUGCAAUAUAAAUAUUUUGGUACCGUUAAUGAGAUCGGUGUUAGGCAGAAUUGUAUGAGAUGUGGAAAGAAGUUCUUCGAAUUGAAUCUUAUUGAAGUAAGAAUUAAAAAGAGGGCGAAUAACAGUGUAAAGAAAAAAGUUGUUACCAACGAGGAGCGUCUGAAAAUUGUUCAACAGCGUUUAAAAAAGUUGAAAUUCCUGAAUAAAUUUUGAUUCG